AUGUUUAUUUAUUUUUCUCUGGUUCAAGAUAUUAUAAUCACAAAACGUGAGCCUUCCAAUCCAGAAGCUUCAUCUAAACAUCUCAAUAAUCUCUCGAUAGAUACAACAGACUAUAGAGCGAAGAUUCUGAAUGCAAAUGAGCACAAUUUGAAAGCUCAGAAAGGACGGGAUUCGGCUGUGAAGAAGGCAGCGAAGUUUGAGGAAAAGGCGAAACAAUAUGAUGAAUUGGAGGUGAAAUUUAAAGAGAUGAAGAAAGAAAAGGAACAAUUAGAGAGAAAAAUUGCCACGCAAGCCAAACAUUCUGAAGAAAAACGACUUCGGACAAGAAUCGCUAGCAGACAAGAUAUUGAGAAGCAACUCAGAUCUUCGAGGAAUGAAUAUCAGCAAAAAAUCUCUAUUGGAAGAGAACACUCGUCUCGUCAAACAGUCAGAAGAAGAUAA